UGUUCUGUUUUUUUUCUGAAUGCUCGAGUUAUUUUGUUUCAUUCUGUGUAAAUUGCCUUAAUGUCCGUUCAUCUUGUUUUGUUUUUAUUUAAAUUAACGUUAUUAUUUCGUAAUUAAUUAGUGAAAUAAGUUAAUAAUUGGAAGAACUCGAGUACCAAGGAGCCCACAAUCACAAUCCCAUCGAACGGAUCGGACGAACAUUGAGGAAAACACGACACACGAAUGACGUGCCUGGUCAGUAUAGAACGAGAUCAAUUCACAUUGGUGGCAAGAAGAACCCCGAGGAGCUCGAUUGUUGGCUGGUGGUGGCGGUCGUCGCAGUCGCAAUCGCACUCGUACUCGCGCUGUAAUGAAGAACAUGACGACAGUAUUCGAAAAAAAUCGCUUCAAAUCGCUGUCUAACGGAACCGGUGGCGUUUUGGACUCAUUCGGGACGGCGUCGGCGGCGGCGGCCGCUGCCGCAGCCGCUACUGCCAAUCAUCAUACGAACGAAAUCCAAAACAAUUCGACGAUGGGCUUGGUGGUGGCCGAUGGUGUGACCGACGCGGCGUCCCUGAUGGACGAGGUGGUGGUCGAUGCGGAGAUGGACGUAAAAGACGUAAAACCAAUUCUGGGCGAUUUAGUCGACGAUAAAUGUACAGUUUUUUUAUCUCAUAUUGGAUCUCAAGAUAUGAAAGGCGCCGGCGCCGGCACCAGCGAAGCGUGCGGCCCGCAGGAGAAGGAAAAAGAGCUCGACGUGAUGAUCAACAACGUGGUGUGCAGCUUCAGCGUCGGCUGCCAUCUGAAUCUGCGUCAGAUCGCGCUGAAAGGCGUCAACGUCGAGUACCGUCGCGAAAGCAACAUGAUCACGAUGAAGCUACGUAAACCUAAGGUCACAGCGUCCGUCUGGUCCAGCGGCAAGAUCACCUGUACGGGCGCGACCAGCGAAGACGACGCGCGUAUCGGCGCUCGCCGCAUAGCCCGCGUCAUACAGAAGCUCGGCUUCGAUACGCGAUUCCGGCGGAUGCGAAUCGUCAACGUGCUGGGCAGCUGCAGCAUGCCGUUCGAGAUACGUAUCAACGCCUUCUCGCAGCAGCAUCGCGAGGCCGAAUACGAGCCGGAAUUGCAUCCGGGCGUCACCUACAAAGUCAAACAUUUGAAAGCUACGUUGAAGAUAUUCUCGACCGGGAGUAUCACGGUGACCGCUCCGUCAGUGCCAAACGUUCAACAAGCUAUUGAACACAUUUACCCUCUAGUCUGCGAGUUCCGUAAAGAGUUCAACAACGUGGAAGAAAUGCUGCGUAAGCGAGCGCUCGCUCAACAGAAACGCAAAAGGCCACGCAGCAAUAGUUGCUCUUCCAAUGACGACGACGACAAAACACUCGUGAAAGUGAAAACCGAACGUUACGAUUAAAAGUUCCCAGCCCGAGAAUGGGUAUUAUUUUUCUAUCUUCUUCCCCCCCCCUCAAUUACCUUCUCCUAAUGUCCUCCUCGUCGACACUCCCCUCCUCCUCAACUUUUGUAUUAUGUACUUCGUAUAGAUAGGUUAUUUACCUUCCCCAGAUACACCUUUUUUUUGUUCGCCUCUUCUCUUUUUGUCUCUUAUUUGUCGUCUUUUUUUUCUUCUUCUUUCAUCGUAUUUUUUAUUUAUUCCUCUCUUCUAUCGUUUCUUUUACCUUGACUUUUUUUUCCACUUUUGAUUAUUUUUCUCUUCUUUCUUCUUUUAUCUCGUUCUUUUUACAUCUUGUUUCUUCAUCUAUCGGGUUUGAGUGUCGAAAUUUUUAUGUCAAGGGUAAAUAACGUCGAAGACUCGCGAUGAAUGUCCAAAUUUGACAACCGAGUUGACUAAAUGACGACGUGUAAUCAUUAAUUAUUUUAGAUUUGUUUAAAGACUUUUUUGAAAAACGAUACGCUGAGGCGAAUGUGAACUAUUUUUCUGACUCCCCUCUCCCCCCCCCCACCGUUCUUUGUUCAAUUAUGAAAAUGCAUGGAUAUGGUUUGAUUUGAUUCUGGCGAAGGUAUUAGUAAGACUUAUUUUUUCAUAAUCUAUGAAAAGAAAAAAAAAAAAUUAUCAAUUUAUUUGCAUGUUAAAUUGACUGUAUUAAAACGAUGUGGUCGAUUUGUGGUACAUUGUGAAAUGCAUCGUUUUCGAAUUCUACUUAUUCAUCUUUCUUCGAAUAAAUCGAAAUAUAAAUUUCAACCGAUGCGAAGGAAAUGGAAAAUUUAGACUGCGAAAGUAAAAAUUAUUUUCUACGUAUAAUAUUGUGAUUGAAAAAUUACCAAAACAAGUAAAAAGACAAGUCUGACCAAUUAUCGGAAAGUCAUUUUUCAGUUUGACGUAAUUUUGACUCUUCAUUAUGGGUUUUCUUACAAAUUUUUAAAAGCUAGAUUUGAAAUCUGAAAGUCUGAUUUCAAAAAUUGGUCAUUUUUGUCUACGAUUUUUUUAUAAGCCUUGCAUAAUAUCGAGAAUUUGUCGAAAUAGUUAUCGAAAGUCAGAAUCAGACAAUAUUUCAAUGUUGAAAUAUACUUUUUGUAAAUCGCAAAAAUUGAUGAAUUUUUUUCAAAAUUUCAAAAUGUCAUCUCACUUUUUGAAAAAGUUUUCAAAAUUAGGUAUAAUUAUUUAAUGUUGAGAAUUCAUCAGAAUUGAAUCCAAGUUUCCGAAAGUCAGUUUAAAUAAUUUAUUAAAUUUUUUCAACGUGCUGUCUAACGGUCAUAAAAGUCACAAAAGUCAUAAAAAAGUCAUAAAUUUUGGUAGGUGGUCAUGAAAGUUAUGAAAAAGUCGUGAAUUUUGCUCGAAACGCACUUGAAAUUUUUUUUAAAAGCCCAUAAAAUGAAAAAAAAAAAUGAAAAAAAACUUGAAAAUGAAAAAAAAAUUUGAAAAUGAAAAAAAAAGUCACGAAAGUCAUAAAAAAAAGUCAUGAAUUUUGGUAGGUGGUCAUGAAAGUUAUGAAAAGGUCGUGAAUUUUGCUCGAAACGCACUUGAAAUUUUUUUUAAAGUCCAUUAAAUGAAAAAAGAAGUUUAAAAAUGAAAAAAAAAGUUUAAGAAAUGAAAAAAAAGUUUGAAAAUAAAAAAAAGUUUAAAAAUGAAAAAAAAAGGUUGUAAAAUGAAAAAUUUGUUCGAAAAAUCAGAAACAUGAAAAAACCGAAACACCUAAUUUUUUGUCCUGUAAAAAAUGAAUGGCAACUCUGUUCGAUUUCCUCGCAGUUUCGAAUUAUUCGAUUUUUUUGGUUGGGGGGGGGGAUUUUCACGCUGUAAAAAUAUGAAAAAUAGGUCAUGAAAAAGUCAUGAUUAAAAUCUGGGAGUUUUGUUAGACACCCUGUUCAAACUUUAUGAAAGUCUGAUGAAAAAAAAAAAAAACGUAUCAAAAUGUCAAACAAUAUUGUCAUAUUUUGAAAAAUUUCUCAAAGUUUGAUAUUAUGUCAGGAAUUUAUCGAAAUUUUUUCCAAGUCAAAAAAAAUAGGUAUUGUAAAAUCAAAUAAGUAAGUAUUUAUGAUCUAUAUAUUAUUGGAAAUUGAUCAAAAUUUUUUCUCAGUUUUAAAAUGUGUGACAUUGGUAAUGUCAGAACAUCAACUAAUUUUUUUUCAAAUUCUCAAAUGUCAGCGUCGCACGCAAAUUCCGAGAAGAUCUCCGGCCCAAAAAAACAUAUCCAUAUUAAUUACCUUUUUCUACUUUCUUCAACAGCUAGAUUUUAUUUCUUUUGGCAUGGUUUUCAAAUUUUCAAAGGUCAGUUCACAUUCACCAUUAGUUCAUUUAUCUUGUUUUAUGAGUCCAAAAAAUUGAAAAAAAAUAUAUAAAAAUAUGUUACAAUGAAUCAGGUAUACUAUUUUAGUCGACGUUAUUUACUCUUAUUAUAAUGUAGUUUUUAAUAAUUAUGAGCCCCAUUAUGUAUCUUCCACCUUUGUUUUUUUGUGAGUUUUUUUAAAACUGUUUUUUCCUAUAUGUUUAUUACCAAAAUUAUUUAGCGUGCUUUUUUUUUUUUUUUAUUCUCGUUUACGAAGUACGUUCGUUUUAUCGAUGUAGAUUUAUUAAGUGAAAUUAACUAUAACGUAUUGAUACGUUAAUCCCACUCGAUGUGUUUUAGUUUUUAAUACUUGUGUAUUUUGAUUUGUUCCCCCCUCCCCCCCCCCCUCGGCAAUAUUAUUAUGCAUUAUGGUGUGAUAAAUUGUGCGUUUUAAGAGACCCAUAUUUAUUGGACUGAUUGUGUAGGUAGUAGAUCUAGGUACUGUAUUUUUUUUUUUUUUUUUUUUUUUCAUUCAUUUCGUAUGUACCUAUUGUUUGAUUGAGGUUAUUUCAUGGUCCUGCAAAGAGGAAAUGGAUAUCUUUGGAGUAAGUCUGUUUUGGUGGUAUAUAUGUAUUUUUAAUGAGCAUGUAUGUCAAUUUGGAUUAUUUUGCAGUAAUGAGAGUUACUAUUAGCUGCCUUUAUUAGAAGUUCGUUGAGAUCCUAUGUUGAUGUUUGGGUUGGUUUAUUUGAAGUACAUGAAUAUUUUUGAGUGAUCCUACCUGGGAAAAUUGUUGGAUCUGAUUAGAUCUUGUCAGAUCGAGGAAUGUCCAGAUUUUGGCUGAUCAGAUUUUACUCUCUCAGACCAAUCAGGUGUUCUUGAUUGGAUCUGCUUAGGUUGAACAGAUCGGGUAUUAUAAACAUUUUGAUCUGAUGAGAAGGUAAAGCCGAAUUUCAUUUCCUCAUGGUUAUAAUUACUCGUAUGAUCCUCUAAAAGCAACUCUUCCGCUGUAUUGGAUUUCACAAAAUUUGAUUAUUUUUGGCCCUUUUGUACUUUUCAGGCUCAAAUGGAGGAGAUCCAUUAAUUUGAAAAAGAUACGAAUCUUCAAAAAAUUUGAUUAUCAGGCAUUCCAACUUUGGGAAGCGUUCAAAUUUUAGUCAAUUUCGACACAAAUCGGAUAAAAUCUAUUAUUUUAAAGAUGUUUCGUAUCUUCACGAACCUUGAAUUUUAGUCAUGUUUCAAUUACCUUCGCGUUUUCAGGUUCAAUUUCUGUACAAGUGAAAUAAAAAACAUUUUUAGGGUCCCAAAAUUUUUCUAAAAAAAAAAAUCAAAAAAUACGAUUCUUAUUUUUUGGCGUUGUAACUUCGGGAACAUUCAGUCGUAGUCAUAUUCUAAUUACUGUCGUGUUUUGAGGUCCAAUUUCGAUACGAGAUGUAUAAAAUGCAUGUUUAGGACUCCCAUUUUCAAAACAAAAAAAAAAGGAUACCAUUUAAAGAAAUGCAAUUUUUGGGUAGGUAGUUGCAACUUUGGGAACCUUCAGUUUUCGUCAUAUUCUGAUUAUCGUCUCGUUUUGAGGCCCCAUUUCAAUACAGAUCAGAUAAAAAUGCUUCUUAAAAAAAUCAAAAAAUGUGUUAUAUACGUACAAUUGGUUCCACUCGAUUUUUGAAGAAUCCCAACGAAAAUUGGGCGAAGAUAGAAAAAUUAAUUUUUUGGCCAUAAGGUGCCUUUUUGUAUGCGCCCUCGAAGUCCCAUUUCAACACAGGUCUGAUAAAAUGCUUUUUAGGGCCCCAAAUUUUUAAAAAAAAUCAAAAACUGCGUUAUGUAUAAUUUUGGAAACGUUCAAUUUUUGUCAUAUUUUAAUUAUUGUCUCGUUUUGAGCCUCCAUUUCAACACAGGUCUGAUAAAAUGCUUUUUAGGACCCCAAAUUUUUAAAAAAAUCGAAAAACGUGUUAUGUACAAUUUUGGAAAUGUUCAAUUUUUAACAUAUUCCAAUAAUUAUCGUCUCGUUUUGAGGCCCCAUUUCAACACAGGUCUGAUAAAAUGGUUUUUAGGGCCUCAAAUUUGAAAAGAAAAAUCUAAAAUGUGUUAUAAUAAUUAUUUUGGAAAUUUUCAAGUUUUGUCAUUAUUUUAAUUAUCGUGUUGUUUUUGAGGCCUCAUUUCAACACAGGUCCGAUAAAAUGUUUUUUAGGGUCCCAAAAUUUAAAAAAGAAACAAAAAAAAUGUGUUACAACUUUGAUAAUUUUCAGUUUUGGUUAUAUUCUAAUUACCACGUUUUGAGGUCCAAUUUCGAUACAAGUUGGAUCAAAUGCAUUUUAGGACCUCAGUUGGAAAAAAAAAUGAAUAAAAACUGCUAUCAUUAGGUAAGUUGCAUCUUUGGGAAUCUUCAGUUUUUGUCAUAUUCUAGUUACCGUCUCACAGUCUCAUUUUGAGGUCCCGUUUCGACAUAGAUCAGAUGUAAUUCAUUUUUAGGGCCUCAAUUUUUCAAAAAAUAUAAAACAAUAAGGUUAUUGCGUAGUUGUAGUUGCACUUGCAACUUUGGGAACUUUCACGUGUAGCCAUAUUCUUAUUAGAGUCGUGUUUUGAGGUCCAAUUUCUAUACAAGUUGAAUCAAAUGUCUUAUUUUUAGUGCCCCAAAUUGAAGAAAAAAAAAUUAAAUACAAAAUGACAAAAAAUUGAUUCUGAGACAGUUUCAACUUUGGAACUUUGGGAGUCUUCAGGUUUUUUUUCAUAUUCUGAUUCCUUUUGCGUUUUGAAAUUCUUAUAUUGGAUAAAAUACAUUUUAAGGCCCCAAUUGAAAAAAAAAACAACCGAAAUUUCUAAUGUUUCAGUCAUCUUUUAAUUACAGUUGAGUUUUGAGGUCCAAUUUCGAUAUCAGUUGGAUCUAAUGCAUUUUUAGAGCCCCAUGAUUUUCAACAAAAAAAAAUUAAAAUAAAAUAAAUAAAAUUGCAAAAAAUGUGUUUCUCUGGCAGUUGGAACUUUUGGGACCUUCAUUGAGACACAAUUUCAACACUGGUUGUAUGAAAUAAAAUUUUAGUGCCUCAAUUUCUCAAAUUUCGAUAAGUGUGAUAGGGUUUCUGCAACCUUGGGUAAUGGGAAUUUCAGCUGCUUUGGUCAUAUCGUAAUUAUUAUCAUCACGUUUUAACGCCCAUUUUGGACUCGAAUGAGCUGAAAUAAUAUAAUAUUAUGUUCAAGGCCCUAGUUUAGCAAAGAAAAAAAUUCAACAGUAUUUUUAAAAGAGUGCAAUUUAACAGCCUGCUGUCUUUUUGAAAAUGUUCUACUUCAGUUAUAGGUAUUCCAACUACACUGCUUUUAAACAUGUUUUUUGACAUUAGCGAGAAAAAAAAAUUUAGGGGCUACAUUUUUGAAAAGUUGGGCGAUGAAUCGAGUCUAAAAAUUAAAUCCUCAAGUUCGAACUUCGAAAAUACAAUCAAGGAAGAAAUCCAACCUGUUAUCGCCAGAAAAAAAAUGAAAAAAUAAGGUGUAAUGCAACUUGAUGAAAUUUUUAAAAAAAUGGGAAGAAAAUAAUUAUAACCAAAAACUAGUAUUUUCAAAACAAAAUCACAAAAAACCAGUUUUUACAUUGUAAUUAAAAUUAAUUAAAACCUAAAAUCGAAAUCAGACUGCCAACUAAAACCCAUUGUCGAUCACUGAUGCUCGAAUCCUCUUUCCUCAGAUAAUGUUAUUAAUUGAAAAGGAAUCAGUGCCUUACGUUUUUAAUUCUAGGACCAUGAAAUCAUCGUCAGUCAAUAAUUGUACGCAUGGCCUGGUCAAAUUAGAGUCAGAAGUUUGAAAAAAAUAAUCAAUUUGAAUUUUUUUUUUUUUAUUUCAUUACACACUUAACCUUGUGAGAGGUUGUUGAGUCAAUGAGAUAAAUUUUUCAAAAUUCAACUUGGUAGUUUUUUUUUUUAUAAUAGAGCUAGUUUGACUAAGCUGUUGAUUUAUUUCUUUCCUCUUGUUAGAUACUUACUCGUACAAGCAGACAAUCGGUAUAAUUUUCAAAUUGAUUUGGUCAGCAUAAUUGUACGAUGAAUUAUUUUUUUUUUGUACUCAACUUAUACAAACGAUCCUUCAUAUGUGUGCAUUGCUCAUCAAUAUACCUAUAUCACCUUUUUUUUUUUUUUAAAUCAACGCGUUAAAAAUUUUAAAAAACAAGGCUGAAAUAAAUUUCUAGUGACGUAUCGAAAGAUUUCGUUUGUCGAUUUUUUUUUCUAGUUGCAACAUUCGACGUAUUUUUUUUUUUAAUAUAAUUUUGUAAGUUAAAAGUAGAUCGAAACUGAAAAUGAUUUUAAACUCGAUUCUCGCAUGGUUGAGGAAGAUGGUUGAAUAAAAUAGUGCAUCAUUUUAAGGCGGCCAUCGUACGCACACUGUACCUCUUUAUAGUGAUCUCUAUAAUAAGUUAUAGCUUUUUAAGUGAAAGGAUUGCGAAGUAUUGGAAUUACACGAGUACGUAGCGAAUUCCAAUACCUACUUUAUUCAUACGGUUAAAGUUUUCGAUCUAUUUUCAUUUUUAUCGAUGCAAUUUUUUUUUUAAUUUUUUGCAUUUUUUUUUUUUGGUCGGAUUUUUUAUAACGUUGAAAAAAUCCCGAGUCUUUGUUAUCUCAUUUGUACGAUACCUAAUAAUUUUACGUUACGAUAUUUUAGUAAUAUUUAUACAGUCCUUCGUAUGGACGCAACAUAUUUUUUGAGCAAUAUUUCAACGAAACUUAUAUCGUCGUCUUACCAAUUAUAUUUAUUUUGUAAUUCGUGUAUGUAAAUUUUCUUAAUGCAGGUGUUGUCUGCGAUUAAAGAAUUGAAAGAAAAAAAAUCGAGUAUGUGAAUCUCGUCCUCGUAUAGAUUGCAAACGAUGAUAAAUUUUUACUCGGUUUUUUGAUAUUUUUUUUACUUUUGAAGGGUGGGAUGUGAAUUUAAUGCGUACAUGCUGACAACACUGUAACAUUGUACCAGGUUUUUUUUCCUUUUUUAAAAAGUCGUAUUAAGAACUUUCUUCUAUUAUAUAGUGUUUAGGUUUAAUUAUUUUUUCGUUUCCUAUUUUCCCAUAUUUGCGUGUAAAUUAUCAGUGCGUUUAUUAAUAUGUAUUACGUAUGUUAUGUUUUUUUUUCGAAAGAAUGUUUUAAUGUGAUCAAAGUUUUUAAUAAAAUGGGUAUUUUUAAUUAUUCUGCGAUUAAUGUUUUUUUUCUCCUUUUUUUCUUUCUUUCGAUGUGUUUUUCUCUUCUUGGUUUUUCGAGUGUAUUGUGGUAACUGCGUUAACGUGUAUCAGCGUCGAAUAUACGAUAUGAAGUAUUGUGUUAUUUAUAAGUUUGUAUUCUAAUUUAGUUUCAGGUAGUUAUUCAGUUAUUCACCCUUUGCGUUAAAAUUUGCAACUACUUAAUAAAUAAAUGUUGUCCGAGAA